GUUCCACCGGUGAAUUUCAUUGGAAGGUUCCCUCCGCCUGGGAAGCGCUGGAAAAGGCCGAGUGCGACUUUUUCAAAGCCAUCUUCGCCACUUACCGCAAGGCGCUUUAUACAGGUGGCCUCGAACGAAGGGGCCGAAGCGGGAGAGGAAGAUGCAAGACGCGGCCGCCGCAGCCACGCGUUCGUUGGCCCUGGGAUUCCUGCUUCUGGCGGCCGCUCUGCCCUCCAACACUCGACAGCAGCUGCAAAGACCGAGGGCUUUCAAAUGUGGUGGUAUUCUAACUGGAGUAUCAGGGUUUAUUGGAAGUGAAGGAUUCCCAGGAGUCUACCCUCCAAACAGCAAAUGUUCCUGGAAAAUCACAGUUCCUGAAGGGAAAGUUGUUGUUCUUUCUUUUAGAUUCAUAGACUUGGAAAGUGAUAAUCUAUGUCGAUAUGAUUUUGUGGAUGUAUACAGUGGCCAUGCCAACGGGCAGCGUCUUGGCAGGUUCUGUGGCACUUUCAGACCUGGUGCUCUCGUGGCCAAUAGCAAUAAGAUGUUGGUGCAAAUGAUUUCAGAUGCCAAUACAGCUGGAAAUGGCUUUGUUGCAAAGUAUUCUGCAGCAGAGCCACACGAAAGAGGAGAUCAAUACUGUGGUGGACAACUAGAUAAACCUACCGGAUCUUUUAAAACUCCUAACUGGCCUGAUCGUGAUUACCCAGCAGGGGUGACCUGCUCCUGGCAUAUUGUGGCUCCAAAGAACCAGGUCAUAGAAUUAAAGUUUGAAAAAUUUGAUGUGGAGAGAGAUAACUACUGCAGGUAUGACUAUGUGGCAGUGUUUAACGGUGGCAAGAUUAAUGAUGCCAGGAGAAUUGGGAAAUACUGCGGAGACAGCCCACCAGCGCCUAUUAUAUCUGAAAAAAAUGAGUUGCUUAUUCAAUUUUUGUCUGAUUUAAGUUUAACUGCUGAUGGAUUUAUUGGUCAUUAUAAAUUCAGGCCCAAAAAAUUACCAACAACCACAUCACCAAUCACCACCACAACUCUUCCUACUAUCACAGCCUUGAAACCUACAGUCAGCCUGUGCCAGCAAAAAUGCAAAAGGAGUGGAACUCUUGAGAGCAAUUACUGUUCAAGUAACUUUGUAAUAACUGGAUCUGUUAUCACAACCAACAUCAGAGGUGGAAGUUUAUAUGCAACUGUAUCAAUCAUUAAUGUAUACAAAGAAGGAAAUUUAGCAAUUCAGCAAGCAGGGAAAAAUCUGAGUGCCAAGAUUAUUGUUGUCUGUAAACAAUGUCCUGUUAUCAGGAGAGGUCUAAACUAUGUUAUCAUGGGCCAGGUAGAAGAAGAUGGCAGAGGUAAACUCCUGCCCAGCAGUUUUAUUAUGAGUUUCAAGACUAAGAACAAAAAAAUCCUGAAUGUCUUAAAAAACAGAAGGUGCUGAUGUAAGACUUUUUGAAGCCAUUUCUUACCAUUUUUUUUAAAUUUUCUUCAUACAGACAAAAUUUGCACUUUCCAAAUUGGUAUAUUUUUUGGGAUUUUAUAGCAAUAUAAUCCUAAUUGAUUUAUCUAUCUUGCAAGUAAUCAAAGUAAAAAUGUAUUUCAAAGCUUUCAGCAACUUGAAACAAUACAUUUCUACUAUACUGAAACUCUUAAUUUAUACUAGAUUGUUGAUGUUACAAGUGCAAAAUUUAUAAUUCAUUUUAAAAUUGUUUCAUAUUAAUCAUAAAAACAUUUUUAUUAACAAAUACUUUUUUAAAAAACUGUUUUUCAAGCUUAUUGCUAAUAUUUUCUACAGUAGGAUUUUGAUUCAAAGCAUGCAAUAAGGGAAAAAAAUCAUGUUUGGAUCCACUGCAUUUACAACUAGGAAACAUUCUGGGAAGAGUGAAAAGACUAAAAAUCCUAAGACAUUAAGGCCCACAAUUAUGGUGCACAAGAACAGUAUUGUUUUUUUUUUUAUGAUCACUUGAUGAAUAGAAAUUUUCCAAACAGUGGAAAGGAUGCUGUCAUCUUUAUACAUUGAAUCCAUAUUUUGAACCUGAUUUGUAUCAUAUUGCUUUAAAGAUUUAGUGUGCAGAUUUGAUUUUUAAAAAAUUCUAUUCUGGCGUUUCAUGCUCAAGAUUGUAGAAUGGCUCUAAGCUAAAUUUAGAAUUAUCAGAAGAUUCUGAUUCAAAUAUACUUUGGACUCUGAACUUCAGUAGAAUCUCGAAUAAGAUCAGUACAACUUUGCAGGAUACUUAUUCUUACAGUUUCUAAUACAUAAGACUAAAUCAGUUAAGAAGAACCAGUUUGGCCAAUGAUGAUUUUAUUGAGAUUUGACAAGUGAUUGGCUUAUACAUUUUGGAUACUAGUUCUAUCAUAUUAAAUAUAUAGCUCAAAAAGAUAAUAUUAAACGUAUAAUUCUAAUCUCAAUACUUUUGAAUCUGAAUAUUCCAAAUUCUAGGAUGCUUAAACAUGAACCAUAUUAUGUUGGACAAAGCAAGAUCAUAACUUACAAUGUUUUGCUAUUUUGCUAUUAUUUUUAAAUACUAUUCUUGAAUAUCUUGCUUAUAUAAUAGAUGCAAAUAAAAUACAUCAUUGCUGAAACCUUUGAAUUAAGGCAGACCACAAUCAGUCCCUGUGGAGUUGGCUCCAUAAUCCAAAACUAUCAAGUGAAGUUGUGCCAUACUGGAUUUGCCAUAUUGUAAAGUAUUUUAAUUGACUUCUUUCUAUUUUGCUUUUUGAGUAAUCUAUUCCAGUAUUGUACCAGGUUUUGUUUAUUUUGUUAUUCAAUAGAUUUUCUGGGAGUAGAAAACAGAAAAUAUUCAGAUUAUUAGAUCCUGAACAAAUUGUUAGUAAAUUCCCUUUUAAAGGUAAUACAAAGUACCAAAAGAAAACCAUUUACUAGGUUCAGUUCAUUUAUGUGAUGAAAGCACAUUAUUUAUGGUUUUGACUGAAUGGAAGAAAAUGAAAGAAAAAAUAGAAAAAGAAAAAUUAUAUCACAAAACAGCUUUUGUUUUUCUAUAAUUACACUGUUUCUAAGUUAUAUACCUUUUUAUGAUAUUCAUAAUAAUAAAAUGAAUUUUUCUGAAAUAAACUUGGAUCAGACAUUAAGAGUAGCAUUACUUUUUUAGAAAAAUGCCAAUAUUUCUAUACUGUGCUAGCUGACAAGAUACACUAUACAAUACAAAAUGGUGUGUUUCAUAAGUAAAAACCUUCAAUUUCUAAUCGAAAAAUCCACCAUCUUCUUUUGUGGGAUAAAUUCAGGUGGGGGAUAAGUUUAGGUUGUUAUACAAAUGGAAUAUACAGACAAUGCAAAAGA